GCGUCACGCGGAGGUCACAUGGGCGGAGGGGGAGGCGGGUCAUGUGACCGGCAGUGAUCGGAGAUGGCGGAUCGGGGGAAUCCGUUCGGGGAGACGGACAAUCCGUUCCAGGACCCGGCUGUGGUGGAGCAUCGCCCCGGCAACCAAUACGCCACGCUGGACGUCUACAACCCCUUCGAGAGCCGCGGGAUCCCGCCCCCGCCCCCGUACAACGAGCAGUCCGCAUUUCAGGCUCCAGCUACUCUUCCUACAGUCCCGGCGCAACCGGCCGCCCCCCCGGGGAAGAAGACGAGCCCAACGGAGCCGAAAAACUACGGAUCCUAUGGAAGCCAGGAAACCACAGCGGCGGCGGCCACGGCGGAUCUCCUGCGGCGUCAGGAGGAGUUGAAUCGGAAAGCGGAGGAGCUGGACCGACGGGAGAGAGAACUGCAGAAUACGGCUCUGGGGGGAUCUGCCGGGAGGCAGAAUAAUUGGCCCCCGUUGCCCUCCUUCUGCCCCGUCCAGCCGUGCUUCUACCAGGACAUCGGUGUGGACAUCCCGCAGGACUUCCAGAAGACGGUGAAGAUCAUGUACUACGUGUGGCUGGUCAGCGCGGGAACAUUAUUCCUCAACUUCCUGGCGUGUUUGGCGUGGUUCAUCACGGACGGUUCUCAGGGCUCCGGGUUCGGCAUGUCCAUCCUGUGGAUGAUCCUCUUCACCCCGUGCUCCUUCAUCUGCUGGUACCGCCCUCUCUACAAGGCGUUCAAGAGUGACAGUUCCUUCAACUUCUUCGUUUUCUUCUUCAUCUUCCUUGUCCAGGACAUCCUCUACGUUCUCCAGGCCGUCGGCAUUCCUGGAUGGGGUUUCAGCGGCUGGAUCGCUGCCUUCACCGCCAUGAAAGGGAACACCGGCGUCGGGGUGCUGAUGAUAUUCGUCGCCAUUUUCCUGACGGGGACGGCCGUCAUGGGGAUCGUCAUGCUGAAGCGGGUCCACUCGAUUUACCGCCGAACCGGCGCCAGUUUCCAGAAGGCCCAGCAGGAGUUCGCCGCCGGUGUUUUCACUAAUCAGACCGUGCGCACGGCCGCCGCCCAGGCAGCAGCGGGAGCCGCCCAAAACUCCUUCAAACCCCAAUAAAGGAAAAAAUAUAUUUGUAGCGCCAUCUGGUGGCCGCACACUGCUCUACCGGGACUGUUCUGACAGUACCGCCCCCCCCUUUUCUGGCGACUGUGGGAGGGGCCUGCUCUACAUUACCACUCCUUCUCUGGCGACUGUGGGAGGGGCCCUGCUGACCAUAAAUACUGCCCCCUUCCUGGUGACUGUGGGAGGGGCCCUGCUGACCAUUAACACUGCCCUCCCCCUGGUGACUGUGGGAGGGGCCCUGCUGUCCAUUAACACCCGUUUUGUGUGUCUGUAUUACCGCCCCCCUCCUGUGAAGUAGGUGUGCGUGGCGCUGUCUGGGGGCGGAGCACGGCACCAGGCUGUGCUGUGAUGAAGUCACUCCCCCGCGGAUCCCCCAUACUCAGGAUUUCCCUGUCCUGUCAGUGCCUGUGGAGGGGGCUGUAUCGCCCGCUGUAGCCGCCAUGUCACGGGGUGUGCAUGCCUCAUGUUUACAUGUAUGUUGUGUUAACUGGAUUUAAGCAUGUUCUUUAUCUUGGACUAUCCCCACCCCUCGUGGGAGGGGCCUGAGGAUUAGCUGAUGCCAAAUUAAAGUUUUAUGAAAUCA